UGUAUUGAAGUUUCGUUAAUUUUCAUCGGUUAACUAUGUGUAGAUUUAAUAAUUAACUUGUUUCCGAUGAUUAAGAUGAAACAACUUGUUGCAAUUGACAUGGAACCUGGAAAACUAUUCACAUCCAUGGAAAAGUUUUUUUUUUGUUCAGUUGGAAUUGAAUGGAAGCCAAAAUCAUCUUCUAAAUACCAAGCAUGAUGAUCUUAUUUAUUUCUCUUUCUUUCCUACUGUCUAAUGAAGAUUUCAUCAUCAUCUUCAAUGAUGAUCAACCUCAAUCCUGAAGGAACCAGAAUCAACCCCAAAAAUAACCUUAAAAAAAUAUUAAAACUGUAACAUGUUCAUGUUUUUGUUAUCGUAAUUGGCAAAACUAAUAAACAUCAUCAUCAACUUGAUCCUUUAUCCAACCAGCAAGUUAAUCAUCAUCUCGUAUGAUAACUAAUCCACUCCCUUUCCCUGUGUCUCCAUCUCAUCAAACUAAACGACUAAGAAGAUAUGAUAAUGAUACAUAAUAGAACUGAGAAAAUUAACUAAAUUGUUCAAUUAACUUUCAAAUUUAUCUAUUUCCCUAUUCCCAACGAUAGAUUUAUAAAUUGAUCGUUGCAACGUUGAUAGAAUGAUAAAGAAAAACAAAAAGUAAAUGAUGAAUAAAAUGGAAAAGCUCAAGUGUCAGUUGAUUUUGGAAAUUAAAACUUGUUGUCUUCAUUUUAAGCUUCGUUUUAAUCUUUAUCUUCAUCUUCAUUUUCAUCUUCAUCACUAUGAUCAUUAUCUUCAACCCCAACACCCAACACCAAGACAUCAACAUCAUCCUCAUCACCAACAAUCGUCAAGUCAUUAAACUUUCAACUGUGUGAGUACCAAAAGUGAUCACUUUUCAUAUUAUUAGUCGAUGUUCAACUUCACUCGUAACUUUAGUUUCGAUGUGUAAAAGUGUUCAAAUUAUUGACAGAAAAAUAGAAAACAAACCAAACUAAAUCCAGUAAAUUGUCGCAAUGACAGUCACCUAUUCAUUGAAUGUCGCCAAUACCCGAUUAGCGGGAUUCGCUAAAUUGUUGGUUCGUUGGAGAGGAAGCAUUUACAAGCUUCUCUACCGAGAGAUGUUAAUCUUUUGUAUUUGUUAUUACAGUUUAAGUUUAGUUUAUCGAUAUGGACUCAAAGACAAUCAACGAAGGGUGUUUGAAAAGGUUGCCCUUUAUUGUGAAGCUUUUACAAAGUUGAUUCCACUUUCUUUCGUUCUUGGUUUCUAUGUUUCGAUUGUGGUUAAUCGUUGGUGGAAACAGUACUCGGCGAUUCCUUGGCCUGACGACCUUCUCAUGGUAAUUUCGGGUCAUAUCCAUGGUACUGAUGAACGAGGUCGAAUCAUUAGGAGAACUCUGGCUCGAUAUCUACUUCUCCUCCAAUCGCUUUGUUUCCAGGCCAUUAGUACAUCGGUUCGAAAACGAUUUCCAACGCUUGACCAUUUGGUUGAAGCUGGACUUAUGACGAAAGAGGAAAAGAUCGCCUAUGAUGAGGUACCAAGUACCCAUGGAAAAUGGUGGUUACCUGCUGCUUGGUUUACGAAUUUAACAGUACGCGCUCGAAAAGAAGGACGAAUUAAGGAUGAUUUUCUAAUGAAACAAAUUCUCGAACGUGCUUACACAUUUCGUUCAAUGGCGGGCGAUUUAUUCGCCUACGAUUGGAUCUCAAUUCCACUUGUUUAUACCCAAACAGUCACCAUUGCAGUUUAUACCUACUUUUUUGCGACCCUUUUGGCACGACAGUAUCUUGACCCCGCUCAGGGUUAUUCGGGCUAUGAUAUUGAUCUUUAUGUUCCCAUUUUUACAAUUCUCGAGUUUUUCUUUUUCAUGGGCUGGCUAAAAGUGGCCGAACAGCUAAUCAAUCCCUUUGGCGAGGAUGAUGACGACUUUGAGUUAAACUGGAUCCUUGAUCGUAACCUGGUAGUCUCAAUGAUUAUCGUUGAUUCAAUGUACAAUAAAUUCCCGCGACUUCAACGUGACUCUUAUUGGGAUGAAUCGUCUCCCACUUUACCUUAUACAAAAUCUUCUGUUGGACUUCGUAAUCAACCUUACCUUGGAUCUGCCAUAAAUUUGGACAUUAAUCCCGAAGAAUCAGAAUUUAUUCCACCUUCACUUGAGACCAUCAUGGAAGACGAAGUAGAUGAUGAUGGAGAUGAAAUUCUCGGUCAAUAUAUAACACCACCAAAUUCACCCAACACGGAGCUACUUCGAGUUGAUGAUCUAUUUAACCUUGACCAAGAACCACUUCGUCGUCCACCCUCAUCAAUAUCUCAAUCUGCUCUUAAUAUGUUGCCCGAUUUUAUUGGUUCUCGUUUGAACAAUAUGAUAUUUGGUUCGAGCGUUGAAAAUGUAUCUACUGCCAAUUCAGUUUCAACCCUAAAACCCACCGGAUCUGAGAAAAGUUCAGGACCAGGUACAGCAAAUUCCGGUUUCAAUUCAUUGAAUGCAUCGUUCAGUUUGAAAUCACCUCGACGUCGACCCAGAAAAGUGUCAAUGGGCAACCCAAUAAAUAACAACAGUUCGACCAUUUUCAAGGUCAGUUCAAGUGCUGCCAUCGAUCCAUUGAAACGUUCAAUUUCCUCGUCACUUUUUUCUCGAGAUUCAGUAGAAGAUAUUAAUUUAAUCAAUCCAAAUAGUGUGAACAAUUAUGCUUAUGGAAAUACCAACAAUUAUAUUAAUCGUAUCUCCCCCUCGCCUGGUCACACUCGACGAAGCAUGUUAAUCAAUCGUCCUCGAGGAAGUAAUUCCCUUUCAGCUCAAGAUUCUGAUGGAAGGUCACUGAUCAUCGAUUUAGGUGAUGGACUUUCCCUAAAGUCACAAUCAACACUUUCAUCAACAGGUCAGCAACAACAACAACAACAACAACAACCAUCAUCCACUCAACGAGCUCGACCUCAGUCAAUUUCAAUGGACGAAUCCAACUACAACCAACAAUCAAAUGGUAAAUAUCAUUACUCUGGAAAAGGUAAUGAGACUAAUCAAGUUGAUGGAAACUCAACAUCAGUCUAUGAAAGUGAUUUAAUUGAUGACACUGAAACGGCAACAAUUAGACAACAACAAUUUGGUUCAACCUCCAUGUUACCUCCGAUUCCUCCUCCCAGCUCACUCCAACAAUCAAAUUUAUUUUCAUCAACCAAAGUGACCGAAGAAAAUACAAAUAAUAUCACCAACAAUCAACCAAUUAUCACAAAAGAAUCAAAUCAACAACAGCAGCAAUUAACUAAUGAACAAGAAGGAAUCUAUGAACCAUCAACAGCAACAAAUUCAUCACAAGAAUCACUAUCACCAGGAAGUAAUCAGUCAACAGUAACAAGUAUAACUCAAUUAAUUAGUAAAUCAAGUGAAAAGGAAUCAUAAUAAUUUACUAAUUAAUAAUCAUCUUAAUCUUAUUCAUGAGACAUUCUUUUAUUUAUCAUCUUCGUCAUUAUCAUAAUCAUUGGAAACUUUUUUUUUUCAUCCAAAGUUUUUUUCUCAGAGAAAAGUUCUGAACUCAUUGACCCUCUAUAAUCAAAUCUAACAGUUUCUAUCGAUUAGUAAAUGAACAUAGUCAAAUAAACUUAUUUAUUAAUCAUCAAAAAAUCAAUCAUCUUCCAUGAAGCUCAUUAGUUGAACUUAUAACCUUUUUUGUACUGUAGAUAACUUGUUUUCUCAUCAUGCUAAUCAUGAUCAAACUAUUAUGUAAAUAACCCCUGUCCAGUAAGUAAUGAGAAUUUUUUAUAAACUCAAUUUCAUUAAUUGAAUUCUAGUUUUUAUUAAUUGAUAUUAGAUGAUCAAUAUGUCAAAUUAAAGCACAAACGCUGAUCUCUCUGUCAAGUUUGUUUGAAAACAACGGACCCUUUCUCUUAAUUACAGUCUUAAUUAGUUGAAAUUACAAAUUCUCAUUACUUACUGGACAGGAGUUAGCAUUAAACAGUCUUUUUCGUUUGAAAGGAACCUUUUUUUAUCGCUAGGAACCUUUUUUAUCACGAUAGAAACUCGACUUUAACCAGAUUAGACUAAUCCUUUCGAUGGCCGUUUGAAGGAACCUUUUGCCAAUUGACAGAAACUUUUUUUCUUGAAUUAAAAACUUUUCUGUAUUAGUGACAUUUGCAGACAAGAAAAAAAUUUGAUCAAAUAUUCUUAAAGGCUUAAUAACCUUCCAUUCACCUUUUGGAAUAACUUUAUUUUAUUGUUUAAGUGGUGGGAAUAGAUCUCAGAAACUCAGAAUUCUGAACAAUUUUUUAGACUAGUUUCAUCAUCAUAAUCUUCAUUAUCUUCAUCGUCAUCUUCAUCUUUAUUUAGAUUUGUGGGUUAGCAACAUUUAAUUGACAACUUCUCCGGUGUUAAAACCACCCAUCUAUGGCCUUUUGCGCUAAUGAUAACGUAAUUUUCAGCACUAUAAUUGUAGUCACCAAUUGAGAAAGAAAUAUCUUUAGACAUUUUUAACACAGCAUUUUGCUAGAUGAGCAAAGAAAUGACCCUUUCAUCCAAGCAAAAAUCCAACAUUUCAAUGAAGAGAAGCCAUCAAAAGGUAAUGAUCGAACGAAAAGUCAGCAUCGAAUUAAGAAUGGUCUUUUACAACGAAAAAUUAACCACAAAAAUAGUCAGCAAUGGGUCAUUAUCCUUCCAAAGUCCAUGGUACUGGAGAUACUGAAAGCUUAUCAUGAUGAACCUCUCUCUGGACAUUUUGGUCUAUUUCAAACGUAUGAAAAAAUCAGAGCGAAAUAUUAUUGGCCAAAAACGAACAAGGAAAUUGCUGAUUAUAUUCAAAAUUGUGAAUCUUGUCAAUACAAUAAGACUGGAACAGGAAAUUCAACUGCACCAUUAAUCUCAACUGUUGUUUCGGCCCCGUUUGGGAAAAUUGGGAUCGGUAUAUUGGGUCCUCUCCCUCGUUCGUCGGGUAAAGAAUACAUCAUUGUAGCCACUGAGUACUUCACUAGGUGGGUGGAGAUGAAAGCCUUGACAAAGAAAGACGCAAAGAGCACCGCCAAAUUCCUAAUUGAGAAUAUCUUAUGUCGACACGGUUGUCCCAAGUCAAUUCUGAGCGAUCAGGGACGAAAUUUCAUAGCUGAAACUGUUCAAGUAGGAAACUUCAUGAAUGCGAAAUGGCAAAUGUCCACCGCUUACCCCCUCAAACAAAUGAAUUAACUGAAAGAGUAAAUUUUACAAUUUGUUCAAUGCUCAUGCACUAUUGUCAAGAGCAAAAUCAAGCAAAAUGGAUGCAAAUUUUGCCUCUAAUUAAUUUUGCUCUUAAUUCAAGUGUCAACCGAAGUAAUCAAGUGUCACCAUUCUUUCUUUAAAAUGGGAGAUAGCCAACGCUUCCAGUUGAUUUGCAAGCUAAUCCCGGUGUAAAGAAGACAACCAUUGGCGAAUACAUUGAAUUUAUGAAUCAUGUAUGGAAAUUUGUUAAAGAACAAGCACAAAUCCAUUAUAAAUUGUCUAAGCCUCAAGUUAAAAUAAUUGAUAAAAAUCUAUAUGUCUAAUGUUUUGGGUACAAUCUCAGUUUAUUCAACCAUGUCCGAGAUUGUCCAAAUACUGUGUUGAAAUUGUCUAAAGUUAUUUCUUUCUCAAUUGGUGACUACAAUUAUAGUGCUGAAAAUUACGUUAUCAUUAGCUCAAAGGCCAUAGAUGGAUGGUUUCUAACGCGGAAAAAUUGUCAAUUAAGAGUUUCUAACCCACAAAUCUAAAUAAAGAUGAAGAUAAUGAAGAUUAUGAUGAUGAAACUAGUCUAAAAAUGUGUUCAGAGUGCUGAGUUUCUUGGAUCACAUCACACCACUUAAACAAUAAAAUAAAGUUAUUCCACAAGGUGAAUAAGUUUAAGAAUAUUUGAUCAAAUUUUUUCUUGUCUUGCAAAUGUCACUAAUACAGAAAAGUUUUUAAUUCAAGAAAAAAAGUUUCUGUCAAUUGGCAAAAGGUUCCUUCAUAUGGCCAUCGAAAGGAUUAGUCUAAUCUGUUUAAAGUCGAGUUUUUCAGCAACGACCCCAAUACACGAAUUUUGCUAAUCGUGAGCAAGCCUUUAGAGAGAGAUCCAGAGAACCUGAUAAUUAGAAAUAAACCCUCCACUUCAACCAAUCUGCCACGGCGUGGAAGAAACAGAUAUAGAAGAGAAGCGAAUGAAUGACGAAAGGAAAAAGAAUCAAGGUAACUCGAGAACUGUAACUCAACUUCUCCGAUGUUAGAAACCAUCCAUCUAUGGCCUUUGAGCUAAUGAUAACGUAAUUUUCAGCACUAUAAUUGUAGUCAACAAUUGAGAAAGAAAUAACUUUAGACAAUUUCAACACAGUAUUUGGACAAUCUCGGACAUGGUUGAAUAAACUGAGAUUGUACCCAAAACAUUAGACAUAUAGAUUUUUAUCAAUUAUUUUAACUUGAGGCUUAGACAAUUUAUAAUGGAUUUGUGCUUGUUCUUUAACAAAUUUCCAUACAUGAUUCAUAAAUUCAAUGUAUUCGCCAAUGGUUGUCUUCUUUACACCGGGAUUAGCUUGCAAAUCAACUGGAAGCGUUGGCUAUCUCCCAUUUUAAAGAAAGAAUGGUGACACUUGAUUACUUCGGUUGACACUUGAAUUAAGAGCAAAAUUAAUUAGAGGCAAAAUUUGCAUCCAUUUUGCUUGAUUUUGCUCUUGACAAUAGUGCAUGAGCAUUGAACAAAUUGUAAAAUUUACUCUUUCAGUUAAUUCAUUUGUUUGAGGGGGUAAGCGGUGGACAUUUGCCAUUUCGCAUUCAUGAAGUUUCCUACUUGAACAGUUUCAGCUAUGAAAUUUCGUCCCUGAUCGCUCAGAAUUGACUUGGGACAACCGUGUCGACAUAAGAUAUUCUCAAUUAGGAAUUUGGCGGUGCUCUUUGCGUCUUUCUUUGUC